CCUCCGGUUCCCCAGACGGGAAGUGGAAGGAGGAGAGUGGGCACCCGCUUCUAACGGUCCCUCAGCCUCUGAGGCCCAGAACCUUCUCUUCCUCUGCAGCUCCCGGACUGGCUGGCGCUGCCCUGUCCCAUGGAUGCCUCCUCUAGCCCGUGGAAUCCAACCCCGGCUCCUGUCAGCAGCCCACCCCUGCUGCUCCCCAUCCCCACCAUCGUCUUCAUUGCUGUGGGCAUCUAUUUGUUGCUGCUGGGCCUAGUGCUGCUGACUAGGCACUGCCUGCUGGCCCAGGGCUACUGCACAGACUGCAGUGCCCCCUGCAGGAAGCAAGGUGCCUCUGGGCCCCAAGACUGUUGCUGGACCUGUGCAGAAGCCUGCGACUUCCCCUUGCCUAGCCCAGCCCACUACCUGGAUGCCUGCUGCCCCCAGCCCUCCGAAGCUGACUGGGCCCCUCGCUGUCCUCGCUGCUGCCCACUCUGCGACUGUGCCUGUGCGUGCAAACUUCCCGACUGCCAGAGCCUCAACUGUCUCUGCUUUCAGAUCAAGCUCCGAUGAGGACCCAGGGUCCC